AUGGCUGGGGCUGCUGUACAUUGUCUGUCUUCUUGCUGGGGCUUGCCUCGCAAAUUCAAGACCCUAUCCCUCAAUGGUUCUUCUUCUUCUCAGCCAAAUUCGGCUCCAACGAAGAAGCCGGAUUCAGCUGCAAAAAGGGCUCGUCAAGCCGAGAAAAGGCGUGUCUACAACAAAGCUCGGAAAUCUGAAAUUAGAACUCGGAUGAAGAAGGUGACCCGUUUUGUUUUUCAAAUUGUGUAUUCACUGGUUCGCAUGCCUUUUCAUUUUCGAUGUGUGCAAAUUGAGCCUAUUUGUACCGUUCAGCAUUGGAUUCCUUAUAUUAUCUAGAUGUUCGUUUCACGUUAUGCGUUUUGCUUCAAAGUGUGGCUACGCGGGUGUGUGCGUGUAUGUGUUGUGAUUGUAUUAUCUUCUUGUUGCUUCAUACUUUUAUAGGUUGCAAAUACAUCAAUUGGUUUUGAUUUGAAAUGAUGAAGCAUGUAUUUAUUUUGGGGACUCAGCGGUUUUCUUACUCAAAUGUUGUGCUUUUAGGUUGUGUUUACCCCGGGAUUAUAGCUAGUUUCUUAGUGGAAUGCAGAUGAGUGUUUAAAUGAAUUUUGCAAGGGAAAUAUGCUGAUGUAUUAUGGAUGUAGCAUUGCUCGCAAAAUUGUCAUCAUGAUAGGAAUUCCUUUUUAUCAUCAAUAGUUGCUUUAAUAGCAGAAUCUAGAGAACUAUUUUGUAUAUUGGGAGAGGGAGCUCCUACUUUGUUGUUUGAGUUUAACAAUGCGAACAUUGGGAUGAUUAAAUAGACAACAAUCACACAAAUUCCCACCACAAUGACACAUCUUCAUUUAGGUUGUGAACACUUAAAUGGGAAUAGGAAAAUUGGAUGUGAUGUUUUCUGACAAUAUUUGCCACAAUAAAAAUAUGGCUUUACAAGAUGUUUUUGCUAUAUAACACUAGGUUAGACUAUAUAUAAUCUUCAUGAUAUUGAUAAUUUGAUUUCCAUCACUACAAGAGAAUAUCCUUCACCAAGAAUAGGUGGAUUGGAACCAAGAAAUUGUAGAAUUUUGCCAAAAUGACUGAAAUCACAAAAAAUAAAAAGGAAAAUAUUUGGUGUGAAAGUUGGAUUCACAAUUUAAAUACUUGAAGUAGUUUCUAUCUUGUAUCAGUUUCUCUUAAAAUAUCAAAGGGAUGUUCUCACAUUCUGAUGGACAUUAAAGUUGUGGCCUCACUUCCACCUUUCUAGGUAGAAAAUGUGAGCUUACUCUUUGUUGUGGCUAUCUAGAAACAUAAUUAUCAAAUCG